GGCCCGUGCCCGGACUCCGGUGCUGGGGGGGCGGGGCCUGCCAGCGAGGCUGGCCGGGAGGGUGACUCGUUGCUGGGUCAGUUACACUCUGGAGUUGGUGGGUCACAUGGAGGUGGAGCGGAGCGGGCACUGAUCUGAGCCGAGAAGAGCCGAACCGACUCCGGCCAUGGCACCCCCUCUCAAAGGGAAGAGAAAACGGUCAGAGGGGAGCGACCCCCUGGACCAGCCAACAUCUCCGAAGCCUGAUAGUGAGGAGAGCCAGAGUUCCACAGAGCCUGUGGAGUCCCCAGAAGCAGGCGGGGAGCGGGAGCAGGAGCAGGCCUUCCUGGUCAGCCUCUACAAGUUCAUGAAGGAGCGACACACGCCUAUCGAGAGGGUGCCCCACCUUGGCUUCAAGCAGAUUAACCUGUGGAAGAUCUACAAGGCUGUGGAGAAACUUGGAGCCUAUGAGUUGGUGACUGGGCGCCGCCUCUGGAAGAAUGUCUAUGAUGAACUGGGUGGAAGCCCUGGCAGUACCAGCGCAGCUACCUGUACCCGCCGGCACUAUGAGAGGCUGGUCCUUCCCUACGUCCGACACUUGAAGGGAGAAGAUGACAAGCCGCUGCCCCCCACCAAGCCUCGGAAACAAUAUAAAGUCUCCAAGGAGCCCAAGGGGGAUGAAGCUGCCAUGGAGAAGCCAAAGAAAGCCAAAGAGGAAAGGAGUGGGGGCCAGGUCAUAGCGGAUAAAAUAAAAGCAGAAACAACGUCUUCAUCUCGGCUCCCGGGCCAGGAGCCGGAGAGCAGCACCAGGCCCCCUGGUCCUUCUCUAGGGAUGGCCGCUCUGCCUUUCCCGGGAGGACCAGAGGCAGUUGGAGGCUGUGCCGAGGCUUACAAACGCCUCCUCUCUAGCUUCUACUGCAAAGGAACCCAUGGCAUCAUGUCCCCCUUGGCCAAGAAGAAGCUCCUGGCCCAGGUGAGCAAGGCCGAGGCCUUGCAGUGUCACGACGAGGCCUGCGACCACAGGCUGAGCGCUUCUGAAGCAGGCCCGACGCGGCCCUCAGUCAUCUACCCCACAGAAGGGCCCAAGAGUCCAGGCCUUCAAGAAGAGGGCCCCCGGGAACCUCCUUGCUUGCUCCACCGUCUGGCUAGCCCCGAAGAACCUCUGAAAACAGCUCCCAGUCCCAAGGAGGACAUUCAGCCGGGGGGGAAUGACCGGGGCCCGGCCCAGCCCUAUCUCUCCACCCCAAUCUUCACCGGCUGCUUCCAUGCUUACCCUGCAGAGGUGCUGAAACCAGUUAGCCAGCAUCCACGUGACUUCUUUCCCAGCUCUAAGGAUGUGGCUGAAGCUGGAUCCCCCUUCAGGCCCCCCGGGAAAGAAGGGGGGAAGCUUGAGAGCCAGCCGCAGCUCUUGUGGAGUGGGGAUGCCAGCCACCCCUCAGCAUUCCACAAAGGCGGGGCAGGGAAGAACAGCCCUUACCCCAGGCCCAAAGCCUGCUGGGUCCCCCCUAUGGCUAAAGCCACUCCUAAGGGGCCUUCGACACCCCCCGCUUUCCCCAAUAGCCCAAGCCCUGGCUCUGGCUCUGGCUCUGGCUCUCGCAGCAAGCGGAGCUUAGAGGAAGAAAGCUUUGCUCUUGGCAAAAAGCUGAGGGCUGUGUCUCCUUUCCUCAAGGAGGUAGAACCCAAAGACUCUGGAGUGAAGCCUCCUGGGCCCAACCUGGGCUUCCCACACUUGCUGGGCCCAACCCUUGGGCCUCCACCUCAGGAGGUCUACAAGGGGACCAUGGUGCGUUUUCCCCUAAACUUCGCCAAUAUGUCUGACCCCUUGAAAGGCCAGGCCUCACUCCCCUUUAGUCCUCUGGUCAUCCCUGCUUUCCCUGCCCACUUCCUCACCACUUCGACCCCGUCCCCCAUGGCAGCAGGCCUGGUGCACUACCCUCCCACAUCCUUCGAGGGGUCUCUCCGCCACAGACUCUACCCAGUCUCCACGUGGCACAUGCAGCCGGCGACGUACCAGGCCCCUCACCUGUCCUCCUUCCACCUCAACACCAAGCUGUAGGCAGGGCCUUGUGCAUGAACAGGCUUCUUCUUCUCCUUUCCUUUCAUCCUGUUGAGCAUCUGAGCACUCCUAGGUAUAGGCCGGGCCUCCAGGCACUUCCCAGGCUGCUGGCAGGGGCAGCUGUGCUGCACGUCACUGCAAAAGUAGAUCUCCAUCCCACGUUGAGUCUGUAGGCGAGGUGGACCGUUGUACAAACUGGGAGUCUGCUCCGAGAGGCCCGGGGAGGCAGCCCCAAGCCAGAGACCAGGGAGCUGCCCGAGUGGCCGAGCUGGGACAAGAGCCUGCACAGAGCAGGUAGAGACAGGUGGCUCUUGCCUACGUCGGCCUCGGGGGGCUUCCUCCUGGGGUAACAGUCAGGGACGAUAGAAGCCGUGUCAUUCGAGUUUCUGGUAUCCGCGGCCGAGUAUCCAUCGUGACUCCAUCCGAGCUGAUGGACAAGGAGGGUCUAAGAGACUCUGUGGAGUCCCACUGGCAUGAGGGGGGGCAUUGGUUUGAGCCAUCUGGAUUAAAACAAUACAAAAAUCCAAUAAAAACACUUCUGCUUGCUCUAAAUUUCCAUGGAGCCAGGAA